AAAUAUGGACAUGGAUUGGAUUCGCAGUUUCUUCUAGGCAUUUAGCAACACAGAUGACAGGCUCCAUAGUCCUAAAUCUACAAUUCCCGCGGGUAACUGAUCUUAGGUUUCGUUCUUACCCUCUUUCUAAUCAACAUUCUUCAUCAUCUGCGCAUUUGAUUUGCUCUCCUACACGCCCUCGAAUUUCUCGCCUUGUCAAGGUUACUGCUGCGUCGUCAAUGGAGGUCGAGCAGGGUGGAAAAUCUGCGCCUGUUGGCAGCACAGCUCCGAUGAAGCUCUUAUUCGUCGAGAUGGGUGUUGGCUACGAUCAACAUGGCCAAGAUAUCACGGCGGCUGCAAUGCGAGCCUGCAGGGAUGCCAUAUCUUCCAAUUCGAUUCCAGCAUUCCGUAGAGGUUCAAUUCCUGGAGUCACAUUUGGAGAGAUGAAACUACAGAUCAAGCUUGGAGUUCCACACUCUCUUCAACAAUCCUUGGAUGCGUUUUGCUCCUUUCUUUGUCGUCUGGAUUUUAAGUCUCGAGUUAUUUACCGUGGCUUUACCCUAACCACCACAAUAUCCUUCGAGCGUUUUCCAAGUUCUUCUCAGCUACUUGUGCUGCAACCUCCAGAUGGAAAGAUUAUGAAUGUUGAUGUCGUUGAUGGUGGCUUAAUAUGCUCCAGCGGUGUGCAUGUGGAAGAAAUGGGAGACAAAAAUGAUGACUGUUACAUAGUAAAUGCUGCUGUUUAUGUUGGCUACUAAUUUUUGUUGCCUCAUAUUCGUAAACCUUGAGAAUUAUUCACCCCUCCUCGGAGACAGCUGAACAGUUCUAAACCAUGUAUUCGCUAGGUGCUUAGUCAUCUUCGAUUGUAACUAUACAGUUGUCUCAGCUUGAUGCAUGCAUUGAUGUUUCAGUUUC